AGUCACCGCAGUGGCUGAGCUGCUGACAGGAGGCGGCGGCGGAGGAGGAGGCGAGGCAAGACCUGCGGCUCGGCCCGGCCACAGCCGCGGUAGCACUGAGGCGAGCCCACGGAGCCACGCCGGUCUUAGCCAGCAGGCGAACCUCCCGCCCCUCGCCCAUCCCUCCGUCUGUCCCGACACUUGCCCGCCCGACUCGUCCCGGGCGGCCUAGUCUGCACCACCCACCCGACUCCUGGGGCCGCCGCCCCGCGCGGUCCCGUCGGCGUCCCUGGCCGCGCCCGGCCCCUGGCCCGCUCGCCCGCCGGCACCAUGAUGGAGGAGAUCGACCGGUUCCAGGUGCCCACCGCGCACUCGGAGAUGCAGCCGCUGGACCCAGCCGCCGCCUCUAUCUCAGACGGGGACUGUGACGCCCGGGAGGGUGAGUCAGUAGCCAUGAAUUACAAACCAUCCCCGCUCCAAGUGAAGCUGGAAAAGCAGCGGGAGCUGGCCCGAAAGGGCUCCCUGAAGAAUGGCAGCAUGGGUAGCCCCGUCAACCAGCAACCCAAGAAGAACAAUGUCAUGGCCCGGACAAGGCUGGUCGUCCCCAAUAAAGGCUACUCCUCGCUUGACCAGAGCCCAGAUGAGAAGCCACUGGUAGCCCUUGACACGGACAGCGAUGAUGACUUUGACAUGUCCAGAUAUUCCUCCUCUGGCUACUCCUCUGCUGAGCAGAUCAACCAAGAUUUGAACAUCCAGCUGCUGAAGGAUGGCUACCGGUUAGACGAGAUACCAGAUGACGAGGACCUGGACCUCAUUCCCCCCAAGUCCGUGAACCCUACCUGCAUGUGCUGCCAGGCCACGUCCUCCACCGCCUGCCACAUUCAGUAGCGGGCGAGGCCAUUGCGGCCACCCGGGGCAGGGUCCCCAAGGGCCAGGUUGGACAGGGCAGGGGCCAACCCCCCCCCCAGCUUGUCUGCCUGCCCCUGGCCCCUGUGCCCCCUACAGCCGCCAACCUCGUAACAGUCAUUGCUUCCUCCUAUGGUAGGACGUGUACCUCUGUGUGUUCAUGGAGCCGGAGAAACCAAAACCGGGUCUUUCUCCACCCCGGGGGCUGAGGAAUGGUGGGGCUGUUUGUUCAGUUACUUGGGGGAUCUUGCCCAGCACCCUGCCCCCCUCCCCAAAGCUGCAGUCUGGUUGAGGAGAGGAAAGACCAGACAGCAGGGAGGCCAACACUAACGAGUGGGGGGGAGGGAUCACAAAGCCAGGGGCUUGACCCCACCCCAGCGAAGCCAUGAGCUCCCCCAGCCCCAGCCUGACAAGGAAAGAGGCUGGGAGGCAGAAAGGCCCAGGGCAGUGGGAGCAGGGCCCAGCAUCUCAGAGCCCCCUCCAUGCGCCCCCUGCCCGCCCAUAUAACUAUUUGUUUCCCCCUCCUCUCCAGAUGGGAAGCCUGGCAAAGCUGCCCAGUGGAUACUGCCCGCCGCCCUCCUCACCUGCCCAUAGAAUCACUGCCUUCUUCCUCCCCUUCGCUCCAUCACCCCCUUCCUUCUCUCUGGGUUGUGGAGAAGUAUGGUGAGCCUUAGAGACAGGCCAGUUUGGGGUGAUAUGAUUUGUCCUCACCCACCCCCAACCAAUGCAUCUAUUUCUCUGUCAAUUCCUCCCACCCCUCUAGGCUUCUGUUCAUUGGUCUCCAUCGCAGGCUGGAAGCAGGAGGUAGGGCUGGCCUCGAAUGCCCCAUUCCCAUUUUUCUCCAGCCUAGGAUCCCAGAUGCUGCUUCCCAGUAAGAAUCUUCAAGGAGACAAGCUUAGGAGAAAACAGUGGUUGCAUGUGUAUGGUAGCGAGAAUUUGGCAGGAUGUGCAUGUGUCUGAGGCUGUCAGGGUGUGUGUCUGUGUCUCUGUGCUGGGCCUGUCUCUCCAGAUGUCUGUUUCUGUCAUGGAUAUGUGUCUGUUGUGGGAAAGUGACUGUGUGGUCUAUUAGUGAUGGGAGAGGCUGCUCAGCAGUGUACUGAGAGCCCAAGCCUGAGAGUCAGAAGUGUGGGUUGUGGCCCUUAUGCCAGUGCUCACUCUAUCCACUUUCAGCAAGCCACCUGUGUUCCCUGGGCUUUGGUUUCCUCCAUUGUAAAAUGAGCAGGGUCUGAAGUUACUUUUAAGGUCUUUUCAAACCUGAAGGAAUUCCUUCAUAGGAAUUUCUAUGGAGGUGUGUGGACAAGUCUCUGUGUGUCUUUGAAUACAUCUAUGGGGCUUUCUGAGUUGUGUGUCUGUGGAAAGGAGAGGGAAGUUCCUAAGAGACCUGGAUGUAUUUGGGAUCUAUUUGGGAAUACAUGUGUGUGUGUCUAUGAACAUGUAUGUGUGGGGGUUAUAUGUUAUGUGUGUAGCUCUAUGUGGUAUCUGUGAGUCCGAAUGUGUGUAUUGCUGCUUCUGCUGCUAGUGUUGGGGGGGGGGGGCGCAGGGAGAGGGCGGAAAAGUAAAAAUCAAGAGGGAGGAGGUGAUCAAGUCCAGCACCUCCUCUGACUGGGCAAUAGAGACCUGCCCCCAUGUGAAGACAUAUGAAAGCACAGAGAGCCUAAGACUGCUCAGGUCUUAUGCCUCACAAACCCCAUAUCCCAGGACCAGGGUGUAUACUCCCCAUUCUUCCAUGGUACAACCUACACAUAUUGGGAUACCCAAUCUCAUAUGUACCACCCACAUGCUGCAAGCUUGCACAGGACACCCCCAUGGCCCACUCCCUGGAGGGGAGGAUAGUGAGGAGUGAGAAUAGGCUGCUGGCUUGGGAAGGUAGCACCUCAAAACCCACAGGCUCCAAAGUUUUUGAGGUGCAGCUCUCCACCCUCAAUUCUUCCCACCCUCUCAUACCUCCUCAAGUGCAGGGACCCUGGUUAAGUGAGGAGAAAACAUGCCAAAGGGAAGCAAGGACAAAUAAGGCACCCGCGAUACCUAUAAGGCCCAUCUCACUCCCAUCUGAACCUUUCCCUGCCACCCUGGUCAGCAUCCCCAUUCUGGCAGCCGGGCCCCACAGCCAAGUUUCCUACCACUACUAUCUUCACCCUGGGCUCCCCGUCUCAACCUUCUAGAAUAUGGGUACCUCCUCUUUUCCAGGCAGGGUCCCCACGAGGGCUCAUUUAGACUACUGUCUUUGCUGCUGACUUGCCCUAGGACUGGCCCACUGCUUGACCUCUCUGGCCCUGAGGAACCAGGGAAAAGGUCCCUCCCCACAGGACAGGCUAGUUCCCUGGCAGGUGAGGGCUUCCAACUGAGGCAGUGUACAAGUGGUAGAGAGAAGUAGGGAGCUGGUGGCCAGCACCUUUUGGGUCUAGGAGAGUGUGUGGGUCCCUCCUUCCCUGUCUGGGAUGUUGGAGGGGAGAAACUGAGGCCUUAGCUUGCCCCCUUGUCAUCCUUCCCCCUUGUAGAUACUGCCUUAACACUCCCUCUACCCUCAGCUCUGGCUGCCUAUCAGCCAGGUUUCUCCGUGCUCACUAAUUUAUUUCCAGGAAGGUGUGUGGAAGACAUGAGCCGUGUAUAAUAUUUUUUUUAACAUUUCCAUUGCAGUAUUGACCAUCAUCCUUGGUUGUGUAUCGUGUAACACAAAUAAUGAUAUUAAAAGCAUCAAACAAGCCA